GACACGCAAGCACACGUGCAUACGCACAUAUACAGACACAGCACAUGCAAACUCAAUCAAUAAAGCCAUUUCAUUGAUUUGGUCUAGGACACUUGUCUAAUUCUGUCUAGGGAUGGGAAUUGAUAGGAUUUUUACGAUUCCGAUUUCAUUAUUGAUAUUGCUUAACGAUUCCGAUUCUUUAUCGAUUCCCUUAUCGAUUCUAAUUUGGGGAAAAAGAAGAACAAACGUUUUGAUUGGCAUUGAGUUUGUUUAAUCAGAAGUCACAACCUUACAAACUCACAACGAUCAAAAGAGGCCCAAAGCCUCAAUGUUAAAACUGUGGCAAUAAGUGGCAAAUACACAAGACUGUGUAACAUUUUACUGAAACAUUUAUCUAAUAGAAAUAAAAAAUAUUGCUACAUAUUGGCAGAUAGGUUGUUGUUCUGCCUUUGGCAAUAUGUGUUAAAGCAGGGGUCCCCAAACUUUUUCCUGUGAGGGCCACAUAACUUUUCCCUUCUCUGAUGAGGGGCCGGGGUCAGUUUGUAACAGAAAAAGUGUGACGAUUGCAGAAGUGCAUAAAUGUAAAAAAUUAUUGUUUUUCAGAAAGCCACAAUCAAAUAACCCUUUCUGGAUUCUUCCUGGAAUGAAAGUAAAUAAAAUAAAAAUAACAAUAUAAUAUAAUAAUAAUAAUAGUAAUAAUAAUAAAAACAAUAUUAAUUAAAUAGAUAAUAACCAAAUAACCCUCUCUGAAUUCUUUAAGGAAAAGGCCAGGAAAUAAAUAACACGAUUGAGAAAAAAAAAAUUCAAACUGGCCGGACCAAAUGUGGAGGCGGGCCGUAUUUGGGCCGCGGGCCGCAGUGUGGGAACUGCUGGGUUAACGUGUAUUAUUUACCAUUACAUUGAAAUGCAUGCCUUUUAGUUGUUGUGGCGCUUACACGCUCAAGUGGGGGCGCCCUUGCGCUUCCUCACAUGAAGAAGAACGCGCUCACGUGAAGAAGAGCGCGCUUCCACCCGAAGAAGAAAUGCCGCAUCCAAGCGAGUUAGUGAGAGAGGGAAACACUUCUACGAGCUUACGUUCUUUGUUAAUGUUAAUAUCUACAGAGGCAACGCCUGUAUGUAUCAUCUUUUGUGUUGUUGUGUUUCCACUCGCGAUCGGACACUUAAAUCCAGUUGUGUAGUGGUUUGAACGAUAUGCUAACCAUUUGUUAUUACUGUUAUUAGCAGCUAAUCAUCGCUGAUUUACGUUGAUGCAAAUCUGUUUGUUAUUGGGGACGCAAUUGAUUUGUUUCAUUUCUAUUCUUAGUUUCACUCUUCAAGUGAUGGUUGAAUAAAGUCAGCAAAUUAUACCAACGUCUUCUGCAUCGUCAUUUGGGAGUUUAGCUAGCUGUAUAGCCAGGACUGAGACUUAGCCUCUCUGUGAGGACAGCGCAGUCGUAUUACCUCCCGAUGCCGUUAUCUCCACCUUGCAAUGACUGCAAGUCGCUUUGUUGUAAUUUUUCCUCGUGAAGUGAAGACACACUUUCGAGCAUUUGAACCUACGUGCUGUCAUUGUUAUGUUUAUGGCUGCAAUGCUCGUGCUUACCCGUCGUAACCUUUCAUUUUCACGCUCUUUCCUGGUGAAGUGUAGUCAAACUUUGGAGCGAGUGGUUCUUGGCGCCAUGCUAGUUUGAUGCGUCUGGACAACAAGACACGUCACGACGCAAUACGCGUCUUUAGGAAUCGUUAAAGGGAUCGUUAAGGCUUUUUCAUUGUGAUGUCGAGGCCUCGAAACACUCGGAACCGGUUCCGAAUUGGAAUCGGAUUUCGAUUCCCAUCCCUAAUUCUGUCGGUGCGAUAUUGAAUACAAUGGGCAUAAUUUACUUUGGAACCUAAUAGCACAAACGUGUGUUCACUCAUUCUAACAAAUUGUACACACCGUAGUUUACCAGUGCAAAAGAGACAAAGGCUGCAAUGUUUAAAACAUAAAAAUUAACUGCAGAAUGGAUUGUCCAUAGAUAAUGUACAUGAGGGCUGUACAUAUUAUUGUAUAUAUUAAUGUCGUCAGAGGUCACCACCAGCUCAUUUGAUGACAGUGCGUAUUUCUGUUACCAAGCCAUAUGACAAAGCUCCAGUCAUGCGCUGGAAAGUUGUAAAUAUCUCCAUGUAAUGUGAAUUCACUACAUUUAUGGGAAUAAGAGGAUAAGAGGAUCUGCCUGGCGGUAAAUGGAAUCACUGUAUUCACAUCCAAAACUGCACAAAUCUUCAAAUGCAUCGGUUUCCGCGUUGCCUGCAAAUUUGCCCAAAUUCAGACAUUGGCCACAUGUGCUGUAGGCAAAAAACCCUUGGUGAUAUGACUUGCACGUGCCUUUUAGAAUAUUUUAAAGAUACUAAAUGCCAUCUUUUUGAUCAAGUGCAUCCCAGCAGAAAAAAAAGCAUUUGAGAAUUUGAAAAAUAACAAAAUUUUAUUUUUCUGCUGUUUAAUAGUGAGAAAAAUGUCAAUAAAGGCCAACAUUUCCAGGAAGUCAAAAAAAUUGCAUGGGCAGGCAUUUUUAAAUGCCAGAAGUGUUUUAGCCAAUCAGAUGCAAGCAUUUCAGAGUCUGCCACCGCUCUAUUCUAUUCUAUUCUAUAAGUAUCUUUUGAGCUGCCCAAAUUACUGUCUGCGUUCCCUGUUUUUUCUUCUUUUAAUACUGCCCACACGUCCUCAAAUAGUGUCUGUUCCAAUUAAUACCAUGUGUAAUGUGCUCAACUGUAACAACAAUCAGUGAUAACCUAAAGAUUGCAUGUUUGAUUUAUCUUAAAUCCUUGUCCUGAAAACUGUUUUUUGUUUUGUUUUUUUUGUCAGAGGCAAAAACAUGUUUGUUUUGGCAACCAUUCAUGGCAUUUUCUGAAGUUCCUCUUAUUUCAUGAAUUUCAAAAGAAUAAGACUGGCACAGGAGAUUGCAUAAGGGUGUUUGUGUUAAAUUGCAACCACAGUCAUGAAAAGGAACUUUAUGCAUAAUACCUUCUGUUGAGUCUCCCGCACCGUGCAGGAUCCAUUUCAACAUGUCUUUCUGCUGUGUGCUCUUGCUUUGCAUCUUCUCAGCAAUGAAUGAAGGAAGCGUCGGCCUCGUCACCUACAGAGCAAUGGAGGGAAAAACCGCCACUAUCAUGUGGCGGUUUCCCACUAGUGGAAAAAAGUACUUCUGUAAAGAUGACUGCAAAGACAACAACACCCUGGUUGAAACAUACGGCGUCAGUGUUGAGAAGGGCAGACACAGCAUCAAAUAUAAAGACGGAAACCUCUAUGCCCUCAUCACCAAUCUCAACAGAGCUGACAGCGGGCGAUACAGGAUUGGUGUGGGCUCGUUGCAACAGGCAGACUCCUACAAGGACUUCCAGAUUCAAGUUCUUCAAGUGCAGAAGGAUGGACAUGCUGCCAAUUGGCUGCACAUCCCCGUCCACACUGAACCAUCUGGUGGGACUUUAGAGGUCACCUGUCCAUUUCUGGAGUCCCAAUAUGUCAAGUUCCUCUGCAAGGGACAUUGUCUGGAUGGACACAUCCUCAUCAGAACCACUGAGAAUACUGCCCAGGUGGGCAGGUACAGCGUGAAUUUCAGAAAAGAGGUCUCAAUGAAGUUGUUUCUUCUUGUGGUGACCAUCUCCCAUUUGGAUAAGUCGGACUCUGGAAGAUACUCGUGUGGUUUGGGUCAAUCUCUGCGCUCGGCUUCCAUUCAGGAAUUCGAUGUCAGCGUGACCGGUGGCCCAUCACUUAAUUCAACCUCUGCGUCAGAACCUAGAAUGUAUUCCCCAGAGGAGACAGAAACAGUGCUCGUCUGGCCUCUGAUUCUCUUUGGUUUCCUGGUUUUUCUAUUUGCUGCCAUUGUUCUGCUGCUUCUCAUCAAAUGGAAGAGAAAAGCAAACUCCGCUGGCCAAGCGAUUGAGUUCAACCCCCGUGAGAACGUUCAAGAAGACACAGUUUAUCAGAGCAUUGAUAGCAGUGCACGAGUAGUGGACCAAGCCUACUGCGCUCUCAACCCAGCACAACAUAUUCAACACAAUGACUACACAUGUUAAAGAGUCUCUACAGAUUUUUUUUUUCACUCCUAUACUGCUGCUUUAAUGCUUUGAUGGCUACUAAUGUGUUGCAAUUUAUUGCUACUUAUACAUCUCCUUACGAUGACAGCAGCUCACAAAGAAAAAGUCUGCAGACUCACCACAGUCAACAAUAUUGGAGUACUCAAACCAGUUUAUGCUCAGAUAGGGUUAUGGGGUUUCAGUGAGGGUUACAAUGGCGUACCGCAUGCAACAUGUCACUUCCGCUCAUUAUUUUUCAUGACUUUAGCUACUGCUGCUAAGGGAGGAUACGCCACCGUUUGUCCCCAAUAGUAAAUGAAUGGAAAUUGUGUACGAAGGAGAUGUUUACAAAGCUAAACCUACCAAUUCUCCCCGAAAAUGAUGUCCCUGGUGCCAAGUUCACUUGCAAAGAUGUGGAAGUACACAAAAAUGUUCAGUUAAAGAGAUGGCUUGAGUGUCGAGGGCUGAAAAAGGCGGAAAAAAAAAAGCCGACCUUAGCAUAGCCUUAGCUUUUUUAUCGACACCUUUUUCUUACGCGACUGACAAUGACAUUCUCCUGUUUCAACAAACUAUCCUUUACCACCAGCCCCGUCUUUCCUACAAAUUAUAUCCUCUGGGUGUCCCACGUCUCCGUUCUUGGGGGGAAUUAAUAUUUUGUGUAGCGAUCGCAAAUGCUACUCAGUGACAGCCAAAGAACACUUAAAUUUGUUUCGUUAAUAACAAAUCUUAAUUCUAUAAUUUAUUUACACUUCCCCCUUACAAAAGUUGCUUUUUUUUUUUUUACAACAGAAACAGUAAAAGUGGCAGUCAGAUUAUAUUGUAAUUCUUUUCAGGUCAUUCAUUGUCAGACAGAAGCAGUACAGCACAAAGUCAUGCUAAAAAAUAGGUUAAAAAUAUAAAAAUACCUCUUUGUCCUCUGAAAGACCAUGCCAACCCAACAAAAUGUUUACUGCAUUAGAAAUGUGAAUGGAUUCACCGAGCUGGUGUUAAAAGUCCACGCAAGUUGAUUCAGUCUUCACAUUUUUUCCUCCCGAGUUUUUGGUUUCGGGAAACGUAUGAAGAAAACAUCCUUCAUAUGUCGUAAUGUCUAGAGUCGUUUCUACAAGUUCCAAAAAAGCAAUGUGCGAUCGGCAUGUUCGUUUUUGAAAGAUUACCGGAGAAAAGUAGCACAAAUAACAUUGUUACUAUGCGAGGUCGGGUCUAUAAUGUCCCACUUCGGCUUUACUUCCGCUUUACGAUGCGACUUCACGGUCUAAAAAAACAUUUGUGCGGUACGCUACUAUGUGGUGACAGUUGUGUUGUGAGAGUUAAUCAUUGUUAUCUUGCUAAUUGCCUCUCUUUUCCACCUGUUAUUUGCACAAGAUGAGUAAAUCAGGCAAGAGCUUGCUUCCACUCCAGAGGAUUUAUUUUUAACCAUGUGCUAUUUAUGAGGCUACAUAUUAUGCUCAUGCACAUGUUCAGACCACACGUGUUUGGGAGCGUCCCAGACGGUCAAAGUGUCAAUUUACAAGACAUGGUGUCAUGAAGUCUCAGUGUGUCUUUGAAAUGACAAGUGUUUACAAUACAAGACCAAAGCCUGCUGAUCACCACGUACUGUCCGACAUCUGACAUAGUUGGAGGUGGGACAAGCAGCUGUCAGUCAGUCGGAAGCACUUCGUAUUAGAAUGGUGACUGUUGGGCCAAAAUUUGGCUGAAAUAGUGAAGUCUGAACUGGACAUUCCUGUCGUUUAUUUGUAGCGCAUCCCAAAGAUGUUCUUACACACCAAACUCAUCAAAGCAUGUUGUUAUGGAAGUGUGAACAUACAUUAUCUGAAGUGCACAGCUGUGCAAAAUUAAUUAGAUGUUAAAUCUUUGAAGGCUUUCUUCAAACCUUUGAUACAUUCAUUAGAGCUUCAUAGGCUUCCAUCACUUUGGUCCAUGUUUUUUUUAUUUUUAUCAUUGUGCUGCUGUUCAAGUGUUGUGUUUCUACUAAGGAAUAUUCCCGUCAGAGAGGCUGUUCCUUACUUACGGUAAGAUCUUUCUCUGCGUAUAUCUUGCUCAAUGUGUGUACAGAGAGAGAGAGAGAGAGAGAGAGAGAGAGAGAGAGAGAGAGAGAGAGAGAGAGGGUUUCCUUUCUCCUUUGUCCUUGAUUUCCUGGAACACACACAAACAGGAAGUACGGGGGUGGUUUAUCUAGCACAUUCUGCUUGGCAAACACAUGGCCCCAACUGACUGUCAAGAGUUGGUGGUUGUGGGUUGGCAGUGGGGGACAAAGACAUUUUAUUUUAGGAGCGGGGAAGGAGAAAGGGAAAGGUAGAUUGACUGAAACAAGUGGGAGGAAGACAAAAUGAUUGCUGAUAUGGUCGUUACUUUCCAUGAUUGUUUCCCCAUGGAAAGUAACUCGUGCAUUAACAUCGACUUACUGCUCCUAAACUAUACCAACCCUAACCUUCUGUCUCCAAGCAUUCCAAGUCUGGAUGAAAUUACCUUAAUAGAUGUAUGGAAAAAACAAACACAACUCAACAAAUAGCAAUUAUUAGAGGACAUUGUGAUUUUCAAUUAUGAUUAAAAAAUGUACACUUAGCUAAUUAAGUGUUGCAUAGUGUUGCCUAAUUGUGAAAAGUCACAUAUAUGGUCAGUGUCCAUAGAUGAGUUGAAAUGAUUCAUUUUCAACAUUAUAAUAAAACAGUGUACAAACAGUACAAUAACAGUAUAAUAAAAAUUCUUUGAGAUAAUUAGAGCUAAUUUCAAAUCAGAUUGUAUUGAUGAAGUGCUAAUCAAACAAACAAUUGUUUCACAAAGUGCUUUACAGGUUAAAAUUAUCCAGAACCAACCAGCCCCCCACCCACAUCCAAACUAUCAAAUUUAGCAUAUAAAUGUAGUCCGGGCUGGCUGGGUGUGGGCCGUGACCCUGUGUUGGCGCUUCGUGGCGUCUUUGCUCGUCUGCGUGGCUGCUGCACGCCCGGCGGGGCUCGCGUGCGGCUGGAUGUAAUUGGGCGCGCACGGGCGGGGGGUCCCGGUGCCGGGAUUGGCGAUAGGGCAGCGUAGGGUCGGUCGCCAACGGGCUUACACUCACGAGGGAUUCACACGAUUACUGGGUUCUAGAUCACAGAGAUGAUUUGUGUACACUCUUCCCCUUUCUAUCACUUAGCUUAUAGACUCCCCCACCUUCUUCCCCCUCUUUCCCUGGUCAACAGGCCCCCCACAUGGUGUCAACCGGAAAUACAUUUCGCUGACGAUAGCACCAACAUAUUAGUAGUUAGUGUAGUUAGACGUUCAAUGUAUUUCUUGUUGUUGUUUGCGUUUCUUCUCUUUCUUCUCUUGUGUUUCUUUUCUUCUGUUCCCCCAUAAACCCUUCCUGUUCUCUGUUUUGUCAUAAUAAAUGAGGUAUGUUGAAUGAUCACAAAGGGAGUAUGUCAGACUCUCAAUGUGAAACAUUAAAACUGUUCAGACUAUCCCGGCACUUAGACUUCCA